AUGUUUUUCGGAAAGGCCAUAAUUUUACUUAUAUUUAUGUCUACAGUAAUAACGGCCCAAUUCUAUGAAAACCAAAGGUGCCGAUGUGUUUGUCCUAGUCAAACAUCUCUAUUUAAUACAAGCUCAGAAGAUAUCGCAGAUCGAAAAUUGUACAUUGCAUUAGUGCCAUCCGAUCAAUGUACAUGUGACAUUGUCAUUUUGCCUCGUGUAAGUGAUGAAACCAGGCGACAUGCACAGGUGUUUUGUCCGAAAUGUGAAUGUCGCUAUGAAUCUCGUAACACAACUAUAAUUAUGAUUGUUGUAAUAGUAGUGCUGUGGACACUCAUGUUACUGUGUGCAUAUUCAAUUUUUUUAACCUUGCUACAGCCUCUAGUUGGGAAGAGAAAAUUGGCUAUUAUAUACAGAAAUAUGGAUGAAGCUCACAGACCCUUGAUGGAUGAUGAUUUUGAAGACUGA